AUGCUGCCCACCUAUAUUAAACUGGUUGGGUUUGAUACGGAACAUACCCGAUUUGCGAGCAAGUACAACCUUUACUUGUAUCGAGAGCGGGGUGUGGAUGAUUACAGCGAAGAAGACAUUGGACUUAAGGGUGUUCCUGUCCUCUUCCUUCCAGGGAACGCAGGGAGCUACCGACAGGGGAGGUCGCUUGCCUCCGAGGCUUCCUUGUACUUUCACAAUGUGCUGCAGCACGAUCAGGAUCGGAUUAAAGCCGGGACACGGAGCCUGGAUUUUUUCAUGGCGGACUUUAACGAAGAUAUGGCUGCUUUCCACGGUCAAACCAUACUCGACCAAGCGGAAUAUAUAAACGACGCCCUAUCUUACAUAUUAUCACUCUACCAUGAUCCUCAUCGAGUCAGGAGGGACACGGAUCUACCGGACCCAGUCUCCGUCAUACUGAUAGGACAUUCGAUGGGCGGAAUCGUAGCCAGGACGGUCCUAACCAUGGCAAAUUACCAGGCAAACUCUGUGAAUUCCGUCAUUACAAUGUCAACACCGCAUGCGAGGCCACCUGUAUCCUUUGACUCUGAUUUGAUGCGUACAUAUAAACAGAUAAACACCUAUUGGCGCGACGCCUAUUCGGAAAGAUGGGCCAACAACAACCCACUAUGGCAUGUGACGCUUAUUUCUAUUGCUGGUGGUGGCGGUGACACCAUUGUGCCCUCAGACUAUACCAGUCUCUCAUCUUUGGUCCCUGAUACCCAUGGCUUCACCGUUUUUACGAGCACUAUACCCAAUGUCUGGACGGGAGUUGAUCAUCUCUCGAUAGCUUGGUGCGACUCAUUUCGGAAAGCGGUUGUUCGAUCCAUUUUCGACGUAAUUGAUGUUAGACGAGCUACUCAAACGAAGCAAAGGGCCGAGCGCAUGAGCAUCUUUAGGAAGUGGUUUCUCACUGGCAUCGAACCGACUGCGGAGAAGACUCUGCCAAAUAACGAACCGACUACGCUUUUGACUCUCGAAGAAAACACUAAUUCCAUGCUAAAGCAAGGCGAGCGAUUAGUUUUGCGCGGAUUCGGUCAGCACGAAGGCCCGAAAGCCUAUCUCAUCCCAGUCCCCCCAAGGGGAGGCGUUCCUGGAAAGAAAUUUACCCUUUUGACGGAUCAAAGAGUUCAAGCUUCAGGAGCAGGCAAGCUCGAAAUUUUGUUUUGCAGCGACCCACCUUCUCGUGCUGGGCAGUCUGCUACCUUGCUUUCCUUGAAUCUUGACCUAUCUGGAGGAAACGCUGGUUCCCCUAGGUUGGUCUGCAAAAGUAGCUAUGAGGAUGUCAUACACGUUCCAGCAUCAACUUCGUCUUCAAAGUCCGCCUUCGACGACACACCUCCGUAUUCAUACUUUCAAUAUGGCCUGGAGGAUUUGACGGAGUAUCAGUUUGUGGCUGUUGUUGACAAGUUUGAGAAAGCUGCCCCUGGCUUCCUAGCGGCGGAGUUCUCUGACAGUUCGGAUUCAGUUAUACCAACCAGGGUCAGCCUUGGCCGGCUGCUUAGUGCUGGUUUGACCAUCUUGCUUCCCGCUGACAGGCCCAUGGUGACAGACAUCAAAGUUCCCGCCUUGCAAUCGAGCUUAUUAGCCUAUAAACUUAAACUCGACAGCCAAGAGUGUAAAGCUAGCUCUACACUAUUUGCACCGAUUGUCCGCCAAUACAUAUCCGACCCGUACGAAUCGAAGUUUUUCGUCAACGUGAAAGAGGUUGAUGUCAAUCUUCAUGGUGUUGCACCAUAUAUGCCGCCGCAUAUUCGAGACAAUCCGGCGGCAAGCGGUGUGUCCUUCCAGCUUUGGUCAGACCACAGCUGUAACACGCCUCUUCAAAUAUCCCUACAAGUUGAUGUGCUUGGAAGUCUUGGCAGGCUGGCAAUGAGAUAUCGGACUGUUUUUGCUGCGUUUCCCCUAGUGAUUGUUGCUAUGGUUCUUCGCAAGCAGUUCAGAGUCUACGAUCAAACAGGUAUUUUCAUCAACUUCUCUGAAAGUUUAGAGCUUUGUAUUCGCUCCUCUUUACCUCUCACUUUCCUUGGCUUCUCUAUUUUGGCUACCACUUUGGCCACAUCCAAAUCCGUGGUGACCAAAGGUGUACCAUCUAACUGGCAGUCGAAUGCAACGGAGACGCCAAUAGACUACGGGAAAAACGACCUCUUACUAGGUUCUCAAGACACGUUCUUCUGGUUUUUGGUUCCUCUUUUCGGUAUCAUUAGCGUUGGCGCAUGUGUUGUCGUUAAUUAUGCCGCCAUUGCUAUCGUCUAUCUUCUUGGCCUUCUUCGCUCGACAGUGGCCGCUCGACAGGGCUACAUCAAACAUGAGGAUGGAAGAAUCGGACCAUUGCUGUGGAACCUAUCCGUAAAACACCGGGUAGUGAAUGCAGUCGUCCUACUUUUCCUUGUGGCCACUUUUAUUCCGUACCAAUUCGCCAUCCUCCCAUGCUCGAGAAACGUGCUUAUGCUUUGGAUUCUCCCGAUCAACAUUCCCGUCCUUAUAGUUUGGGGACAUAACCUGGCGGUACACUGGUUCACGCCCUUUUCAUCCCACCAUAAUGUAUUAUCAAUAAUGCCCUUUAUACUUCUCGUCGAAACGUUGACUACCGGAGCUAUGAUACCCCGGAUCACAUCGAAUUUUAAACAUGUCACGUCCGCCCUAUUCUUCUUCCUUGCUGUUUACGCUGCGCUAUACGGCGUUACAUAUGCAUACUUACUACACCACAUUGCCAACUUCGUCGUCACCUGGCUGGUAGUAGUGUAUUUCUUCGGGAACGGAUUCUCAAUGCCGACCCUUGAUCGAAUAACUCGCCUGCCAGACUUCGCCGAACCCGACUUUUCGAAUGGCCACAUCAAGAAGCUGCCUUGA